GUCAUUUCUUGUAUCAUCGUCUAGCUCCAUGACAUCGUGCGUACAAAUGGCGUCAAUCGCCGUGCUUCUCAUGCUCCUUUCUGCAGCUCUCGCCUCCAACGCCGCCGCCGUCCGAGUCGGGCUGACGCGCAUCCACUCCAACCCCGAUGUCACCGCGACCGAGUUCGUGCGCGACGCACUGAACCGCGACAUGCACCGCCACGCCCGGUUCACCCGAAAACUCGCGUCCUCCGAAGGCCUCACCGUCGCCGCGCCGACCCGGAAGGACCUUCCCAACGGCGGGGAGUACCUCAUGACGCUGUCCAUCGGCACGCCGCCGCUGUCCUACUCUGCCAUCGCCGACACGGGCAGCGACCUCAUCUGGACGCAGUGCGCGCCCUGCGGUAGCCAGUGCUUCAAGCAGCCCGGGCCGCUAUACAACCCGUCGAGCUCGACCACUUUCGGCGUGCUCCCAUGCAACAGCUCGGCGAGCAUGUGCGCCGCGCUGGCCGGGCCGAGCCCGCCGCCGGGCUGCUCGUGCAUGUACAACCAGACCUACGGCACAGGGUGGACGGCUGGCAUCCAGAGCGUGGAGACGUUCACGUUCGGCUCGACGCCGGCAGACCAGGCCCGUGUUCCCGGCAUCGCGUUCGGUUGCAGUAACGCGAGCAGCGAUGACUGGAACGGCUCGUCCGGCCUCGUCGGUUUGGGCAGGGGAAGCAUGUCGCUCGUCUCGCAGCUCGGCGCCGGCAUGUUCUCCUACUGCCUCACGCCGUUCCAGGACACGAACAGCACGAGCACGCUCCUCCUCGGGCCGGCAGCGGCGCUCAACGGCACAGGGGUCCGUUCGACGCCAUUCGUCGCCAGCCCGACGAAGGCCCCCAUGAGCACCUACUACUACCUCAACCUGACGGGCAUAUCCGUCGGCACGACGGCGUUGUCCAUCCCUCCCAGCACGUUCUCUCUGGGCGCCGACGGCGCCGGCGGGCUCAUCAUCGACUCCGGCACGACGAUCACGUCGCUGGCCGACGCGGCGUACCAGCAGGUCCGUGCCGCGGUUCUGUCCCUUGUGACGCUGCCGCUGGCCGACGGAUCGGAUUCCACGGGGCUCGACCUGUGCUUCGGGCUGCCGUCCGACACCUCGACACCGCCGGCCAUGCCGAGCAUGACCUUCCACUUCGACGGCGCAGACAUGGUGCUGCCGGCGGAGAACUACAUGAUCUCCGGUUCCGGCGUGUGGUGCCUGGCCAUGCGGAACCAGACCGUCGGCGCGAUGAGCACGCUAGGCAACUACCAGCAGCAGAACAUCCAUCUGCUCUACGACGUUCGAAAGGAAACGCUCUCGUUUGCUCCAGCCAAGUGCAGCGCGCUCUGAAGAGACAUGCGCACAUCGGCACAUAUAUAUACGUGUACAUAAUUCCCGUCAGUUCUGUGUAGUACUAGUCGCGAUUCAUAAAAUUCUUUGGUCGGAGUUUAGAAUGCUAAUUUGUAUUCUUCAAGAUCUUCUACUACAGUACAAGCGCCCUAAUUAAAAUCU